AUGGAGGAAUUGAUUAUAGAGAGACCCGACGACUUCGAGGUUGACGAGCCGCAAGGCAAACACUUGGUUUUAGAACCGUUCAACUUCUUUUCGGACUCCCUCACUCAGACAGCAGUGCUUAUCAUUCUCAACACUGCCAUAGAGAAACUCCCCAUUUUCCAAUUGUGGACUUGUACUUCUGUGCAUAUUUGUGCUGACGGUGGAGCCAACCAGUUGUACUAUCACUUUUCAAGUGAGCAGGAGAGGGAAAGGUACAUUCCUGACUUCAUUGUGGGAGACUUUGACUCGCUUCGAGAUGAGGUGAAGCAGUACUAUAGACUGAAGGGUACGGUGGUUAUUCCCCAGUAUUCACAAUAUGCCACUGAUUUCAUGAAGGCUAUAGAUGUUGCACUUUUGGCUCAUACGAGCGGUAAAGAUGAGCUUUACAAGCAGGUUGACGACGAUAGUGGGCUUGCUAAGUUGGUUAAGAAGUAUCAGGAAAGAGUACCUUUCACUGCCUACAUUGCAGGGGGAAUUGGCGGCAGAUUUGACCAGACGUUCCAUUCAAUUAACCAGCUUUACGCUACGAAGCUUGAGUUUCCAAAUAUCCGUCUUUUCUUCGUUUCUGACAAUGACUUGGUGUUCCUUGCUCCUACUGGAACCACAUAUGUCAAGUUUGCCAAUAAGAAGUUGUUCAACCAGCAUGAUCCCGUGCCAAAAUUGGGACUUUUGCCUUUUGGAAACAGAGUCAUUUUAACCACAAAGGGCUUGAAGUAUGAUGUCGAAAACUGGGUCAGUCAGGUCGGCGGUAACGUUUCCACCAGUAACGGUGUGUCAGGCACAACAGGGUUUGUUAUAGAGGCCACCGACGAUAUUGUGGUGAACAUCGAGAUCUCCCACGGGCCAGAGACCCGCUAA